AUGGCGUCAACAUCAAAGCAGGAUGGCGAGAAGAGUAUCUCGGCCUAUGGAGAUGCUCGCUCCACCGUUCAAGGAGAAUGCUUGAGCGCCGACGAAGUGCAGAAGAUGACUGCAUACUUCCGCGCCUCUCUCUACUUGUGCUUGGGCAUGCUGUACCUGCGCGAGAAUCCUCUCCUCCGAGAACCCCUCAAGAAAGAGCAUCUAAAGCAGCGCUUACUCGGUCACUGGGGCUCCGAUGCUGGUCAAUCUUUCACCUGGCUGCACAUGAACCGACUGAUCAAGAAAUACGACCUGGAUGUGCUCUUCGUGUCGGGCCCUGGUCAUGGUGCUCCGGGUAUCCUUUCUCACUCGUACCUCGAAGGGGUGUACUCGGAAGUGUAUCCCGACAAGACGGAGGAUGUGGAAGGCAUGCAGAAGUUCUUCAAGCAGUUCAGCUUCCCCGGAGGUAUCGGAUCUCACGCGACCCCCGAGACUCCCGGCAGUAUUCACGAGGGUGGUGAGCUGGGUUACUCCAUCUCCCAUGCAUUUGGCACAGUCUUCGACCAUCCCAACCUGAUCACACUGACCAUGGUCGGUGAUGGAGAGUCCGAGACGGGUCCUCUGGCAACGAGCUGGCAUAGCAACAAGUUCCUCAACCCUAUCACAGAUGGAGCUGUCUUGCCGGUUCUUCACCUGAAUGGCUACAAGAUUAACAAUCCUACCAUUCUCGCUCGCAUCAGCCAUCAGGAGCUGACCUCUCUGUUGGAGGGUUACGGUUGGAAGCCCUACUUUGUCGAGGUGCGUGAAAGAAAUUCGAGAGUAUCAGCACCAGGCCCGCUCCUCUGGCAAGCCCUUCCGCCCACGCUGGCCGAUGAUUGUUUUGCGCACACCGAAGGGCUGGACAGCCCCCGAGAGAUUGACGGCAAAUUGCUCGAAGGCUUCUGGCGUGCUCACCAGAUCCCAAUCACCGAUGUGCUCACCAAUCCCGACCACCUCAAGGUGUUGGAAUCAUGGAUGAAGAGCUACAAGCCCGAGGAGCUCUUCGAUGGCAAUGGCAAACUCGUCCCCGAGCUGCGUUCUCUAGCGCCAUCGGGCAAGUCGCGCAUGUCGGCCAACCCCGUUGGCAACGGAGGUCUUCUCCGCAAGCCUCUGAAUCUGAAUGACUUCACCAAAUACGCGAUCAAGGACGUUGUGCCUGGAAAGACAAUCACGGGAGGGAUGGCGAACAUGGCCAAGUUCCUUCGCGACGUGGUCAGCAAGAACAUGACCAACUUCCGGCUGUUCGGUCCCGAUGAAACGGAAUCGAACAAGCUCGCUGAGGUCUACAAAGCCGGCAAGAAGGUCUGGCUGGCAGACUAUUUCGACGAGGACAAGGACGGCGGCAACCUGGAUCCCGCCGGUCGUGUGAUGGAGAUGCUCAGCGAACAUACCUGUGAAGGCUGGUUAGAAGGCUACAUUCUCUCCGGGCGCCACGGUCUCAUCAACAGCUAUGAGCCCUUCGUGCAUGUCAUCGACUCCAUGGUCAACCAGCAUUGCAAGUGGAUUGAGAAGUGCCUCGAAGUCGAAUGGAGAGCCAAGGUGGCCUCGUUGAACAUCCUCAUCACCGCAACGGUUUGGCGACAGGACCACAACGGCUUCACCCACCAGGAUCCCGGCUUCCUGGACGUUGUCGCCAACAAGUCCCCCGAGGUCGUUCGCAUUUAUCUUCCUCCCGACGGAAACACCCUCCUGUCGGUGAUGGAUCACUGUCUACGCAGCGUGAACUAUGUCAAUGUUGUUGUGGCCGACAAGCAGGAACACAUCCAAUUCCUCAGUAUGAACGACGCCAUCGAGCACUGUACCAAGGGUCUUGGGAUCUGGGACUGGGCGAGCAACGAUCAGGGUGCGGAGCCCGACGUGGUGAUGGCCUGUUGCGGUGAUGUCUCUACCCACGAGGCUCUCGCCGCAACGGCCUUGCUGCGUGAAUUCCUUCCCGAGCUCAAAGUUCGCUUUGUGAAUGUGGUCGACCUGUUCCGCUUGAUUUCAGAUAAGGAUCACCCUCACGGCAUGCCCGACCAGCAGUGGAGAGCCAUUUUCACCGACAACAAGCCGAUCGUGUUCAACUUCCACUCCUAUCCCUGGCUGAUCCACCGAUUGACUUACAAGCGUCCCGGUCAGCACAACUUACACGUUCGCGGAUACCGAGAGAAGGGUAACAUUGACACUCCCUUCGAGUUGGCCAUGCGCAAUGGCACCGACCGCUACAGCCUCGCCAUUGACGCGAUCGACCUGAUUGAUUCACUGGGCAAUACCGGGGCGAGCGUUCGUGAAAAGUUCAUCAAGUUCCGAUUGGAUGGCAAGAAGAGCGCUUUCACUAAUGGCCUCGACCCCGAGCACAUUCGUAACUGGACCUGGCCUUACUCGAAAGAGACCAAGACCAAUUAG